UAAAACUUUUGCAGAGCAAAAACCCUUUUCUCUCCCGCUCUUUCAAUCAGCCAAAAAGAAAUCAAACAUUUCCUUCAAUUUCAUCUUCCGGCUUCUCUAUCUUUCUCUCUCUCCUCUCUGAAACUGUAAAACUGCACUUCCAAGAAAACCCCCCGAAGCGUCGGAAAACAAUGAAAGAAGAAGAAAUCGAGAAGCUUCGAGGAGUAGUAAGAGACUGUGUAAGCAAACAUCUCUACUCUUCCGCCAUUUUCUUCGCCGAUAAAGUCGCCGCUUUCACUUCCGAUCCUGCUGAUAUUUAUAUGCAAGCUCAAGCUCUUUUCCUCGGCCGUCAUUUUCGACGCUCUUUUCACCUCCUUAACGCUUCUCAUGUCGUACUUCGCGACCUCCGCUUUCGCUACCUCGCCGCCAAAUGUCUCGAGGAGUUGAAAGAGUGGGAUCAGUGUUUACAAAUGCUUGGAGAGGCUAAACUUGAUGAACAUGGUAAUGUUAGCGACACAAAAUACGCCAAUGUUAUGUACCUUGACAAGGAUGCGCAAGAUCGUGAAAUCAAUAUAUCUGCGGCAAUAUGUUUCCUCCGUGGUAGAGCGUACGAGGCACUCGAAAAUCGUGCUCAAGCAAGACAGUGGUAUAUAGCUGCAGUCAAAGCUGAUCCUUUGUGUUAUGAGGCUUUGGAGCGGCUAAUUGAAAAUCAUAUGCUUACAUGUGAUGAAGAGUGCGCUUUACUUUCAUCAUUGCAAUUUAGCCAUGAAGAUGGGUGGCUUUCUUCGUUUUAUAGCUGUCUCAUAAAGAAACAAGAUAAAGAGAGUGUAGUUGAAGCUAAGUUUAAUGAUCUUGAGAAACAAAUUGCCAACAGUAUUCAAUCAGAUUCAUCCUUCACAGGCACUUUGAAGAAUAACACAGAUUUGUUGGCCUGUAAAGCCGAAUACUACCAUCAAUGUAGUGAAUACCAAAAAUGUUUCGAACUAACUUCGUUAUUGCUUGAGAAAGAUCCUUUUCAUCUCAAGUGCACUUUGGUACAUUUAGCUGCUGCCAUGGAACUUGGCCAGUCAAAUGAGCUGUAUAUUAUGGCUUGCAAUUUGGUCAAAGAUUAUCCUCAAAAGCCUCUGUCAUGGUUUGCAGUUGGAUGCUAUUAUUAUUGCAUUAGAAAGUAUGAUCAAUCACGCCGGUAUUUCAGCAAGGCAACAAGUCUAGAAGGGACAUUUUUAUCUGCUUGGAUUGGUCAAGGGAAUGCGUAUGCUGCACUAGAAGAAGGAGAUCAAGCAAUGUUGGCUUAUCGCACUGCUGCUCGUUUGUUUCCUGGGUGUCAUUUACCCACCUUGUACAUUGGCAUGGAAUAUAUGCGGACACACAGUUUUAAACUUGCGGAGCAGUUCUUCUUGCAGGCUAAAACAAUCUGCUCUUCUGAUCCUCUGGUGUAUAAUGAACUAGGUGUUGUGGCAUAUCACAUGAAAGAGUACAAGAAAGCAGUUCGGUGGUUUGAAAAAACAUUGGUGAAUAUCCCAACAUCCAUGAACGAAUCGUGGGAACCUACUGUUGUCAAUCUUGCGCAUGCAUAUAGGAAACUAAAGACAUACCCUGAGGCAAUCAAAUACUAUGAGAAAGCACUUACCUUGUCUACCAAGAGUUUGAGUACUUAUGCAGGCCUUGCCUACACUUAUCAUUUACAGGGAAAUUAUAGUGCUGCAAUUGCAAAUUAUCACAAGGCAUUAUGGCUGAAGCCGGAUGAUCAAUUUUGCACAGAGAUGUUAACUCUGUCACUUGCAGAGGAGAGCUGUUCUGAUUCAAACUCUAUUCCAGGAUUGUUAUCCUAGUACCGAGUUACUUCGGAUUGUAUAUUGUGUAAUUGUAUUAGAAACUAGCCAUUCAUAUGUACACGAAAUGUAUCAAUAUUCUUUCGAUGAAGAAUGAAGAAAUGUAUCAGUGCUGAAAGCCAUGUCUAAUAGUCCAUUUACCCCUUUUCCAAAAGCCAAACGUCUAUCUCGGUGGUCCCAGAAUAAUAGUAGGUUAUUCUAUACAUGUGAGUUAGAUUUGAAAGUUACUAUAUUACCCUUGUCCGAUUAAUUAGUUAUAAAAUAUCAUCAAUUCUAUGU